AUGGCCUCGAAGCGGCCUCAGGAGCCUUCAGGCGAGGGCAUCAAGUUAUCAGCAGAUGUCAAACCAUUUGUUCCAAAAUUUGCUGGUCUAAAAGUCGUAUGGUCAGAGCCCUCAGAAGCAUGUGUCUUCCCAAGCUGCGCAUCUACCUACUAUCCAUUUAUUCAGGAACUCCCAGUGCCUGAGCAGAAAAUAUAUACGGAAGAUGUAAACCUUGGAGCUUCAACUUUUCCACCUCAGUAUUUGUCUCCAACUGUUCAUCCAUAUACCUGUUCUUACACUCUUGAGUCUGCACAAAAUGUUUGUUCAGUGCCUGAUACUCAGUAUGAAUAUAAACAACGCAAUUGUUAUCAAGGUUUCCAAAUGGUUAAACCCCAAACUGAACACAUGUGCCCUCUCCCUCAAGAAACAAAAAGCCUAGCAAAGAAGAAAACAUCUGAUGAGUCAAAGUUUAACAGUAAAAAAGCUGGUGGAGCUCUGUCAUCUGAUAUAAAAUCAGGUAAAGAUUCCCAUCAUAUAUCCAUUCACACUGAAAAUAGCUUAAAAUCAGAUGGCUAUCAUAAACGAACAGACAAGAAAUCCAGAAUCAUUGAAAAGUGUGGAUCUGCCUCCAAAUCUGGACUUGCAUUUACCAGGUUGGACUUCCCUGAACUACAUGGUUCAGAGAACAGUGGCGUAUCAGAGAUACCAAAGCAAUCCACAUGGGGCCCUUUGCGACCUACUACACCCAACAUUUCUCUCUUAAAAGAAGUAGAAGAACCACCUGAAGUGUUAUUAAAGGGUGAAAUAGAGGUCAAAAAUAAAAAUCCAUCUGAAUCUAUAGCUGAUAAUGCUGCUAACAGUUCCUCUUCAUGUACAAGAGAGUUAUCUUGGACACCGAUGGGUUAUGUUAUUCGGCAGAAAUUGUCUCCAGAACUAUCAUCAGCCCCUAAAAAUGUUACUUCCAUGAUAAAUCUAAAGACAAUUGCUUCAUCAGCAGAUUCUAAAACCAUUAGUGUAGCAUCUUCUGAAGUUUUGUCUUCUGAUCCUUCCUACAACAAAGAGAAAAAUACUGUUCAUCCUACUAAGAAGUCCAAAGCAUUACAGGAUGGCAGCCCUGAACAAAAUGAAAUCUCCAGAAAGAAUAAGAAAAAGAAAGAAAAGUCUAAAUUAAAAUGUGAAGUAUUGACAGUUCAGGAGCCACCAAGGAUUGAAGAUGCUGAAGAGUUUCCCAUCCUGGCAGUUGCCUCUGCAAGGAGAAGCAAAGUAGAGUCAACAAAAUUUCAGCCUAUGCAGCAACCACAGAAUAAUUUCAAAAAUAGUGGCAAGAAGAGUGAAAUUCCAUUUCAGCUGGAUUUGGGCAGAAUGCUCACAGCACUGGAGAAAAAGCAGAACUCUCCAAAUGCAAAGCUGUCCUCCAAACCCCUGGUCUUCACAGUUGGUGCCGUGCCAGUCCUUUCCAAAGAUGCAUCAGCUGGCAUGAAGAACCACCACUUGAACCAGGCACAGGGUCCGCACAACCCCUUGGAUUCCAGUGCCCCACUGCAGAAGAAGGGAAAGCAGAGGGAGACUCCCAAGGCCAAGAAGCCAACCUCCCUAAAGAAGAUUAUUUUGAAGGAACGGCAGGAAAGAAAACAGCAGCGUCUCCAAGAAAAUGCUGCAAAUGAUGUACAAGAGGUAGCGAGUACUGGUGAACACCAGCCCGUCCUUCCGGCUAACUCCUCAGGUACCAAAGGAUCAGUCCUCUCCACUUUUACAGAAGAAAGUGAGUUGGAAGAGCAACUCAGAACUGAGCCCCGUAGUGACACAGAAGCUUGCCAUCUUGGUCUCGACUCCAUCAGCUUCCCUAAGAUCCACAGCCGAAGAUUCAGGGAUUACUGCAGCCAGAUGCUUAGUAAAGAAGUUGAUGCUUGUGUUACGGAUCUCCUAAAAGAGUUGGUGCGUUUCCAAGACCGUAUGUACCAGAAAGAUCCCAUCAAGGCUAAGACCAAACGCAGGCUCGUGUUGGGGUUGAGAGAAGUUCUCAAACACCUAAAGCUCAAGAAGUUGAAAUGUGUCAUCAUUUCUCCCAACUGUGAGAAGAUACAAUCCAAAGGUGGGCUGGAUGACACUUUGCACACUAUUAUCGAUUAUGCCUGUGAGCAGAAUAUUCCAUUUGUGUUUGCACUCAACCGGAGAGCUCUGGGGCGCAGUCUGAACAAAGCUGUUCCUGUCAGUGUGGUGGGAAUAUUCAGCUAUGAUGGAGCCCAGGAUCAGUUUCACAAGAUGGUCAAGCUGACGAUGGCAGCCCGGCAGCAGUACAAGACCAUGCUAGAAAAUGUGUGUCAGGAGGUGGAUCAAGAGCCUGGGGCCCACAGCCCACCUAUGGGGUGUCCAGCAGCCCCUGAGAAAGAGGAACCACAUUAUAUUGAAAUCUGGAGAAAACAUCUAAAAGCGUAUAAUCAGUGUCCUCAGGAAUUAGAAGAAUCUUUAGGGGCUUCAACCUCUCAAAUGAUGAACUUGAAAUUAUAA